GGCGUGCGUGUGUGUGUGUGUGUGUGUGUGUGUGUGUGCGCGCGCGCGCAGCUCCCGGGCCGACACCCGCGCCUACGCUCCCGCAGCAGCCGGAGCUGCUCUUCCUCGGCCCGACGGAGAGCGGCAGUGUCUCCCCGCCCAGUGCACGCUCGGCCCGCGUCUCUUUUCCCCCCUCGGCGGCGGCGGCGGCGGCGGCGGCUCCUCCUCGGCACCGCCAGCCCCAGCGCCGCUCCGGGGCGGGCGGCGGGCGGCGGCGGGACCCGCGGAGCCGCUUUGUGUGCAGCCCGACGAGGGGCGGCGGCGCAACCACCUGACAGAGGCCCGGGCGCUCGAUGCACCUUCCGCCCGCAUGAAGAGGAGAGGCCGGUAGAGGACUGUGAAAGAAAAGUUGUCCCCCAGGAUGGACUACACGGCGCAGCCCAAGCCUGCCACUGCCCUCUGCGGCGUCGUGAGCGCCGAUGGGAAGAUCGCCUACCCACCGGGGGUGAAGGAGAUCACCGACAAGAUCACCACCGACGAGAUGAUCAAACGGCUCAAGAUGGUAGUAAAAACCUUUAUGGAUAUGGAUCAGGAUUCAGAAGAUGAGAAGCAGCAGUAUCUCCCAUUAGCCUUGCAUCUUGCAUCUGAAUUCUUCCUCAGGAACCCCAAUAAAGAUGUGCGUCUGCUUGUAGCAUGUUGUCUGGCUGAUAUCUUUCGAAUCUAUGCCCCAGAAGCUCCAUAUACUUCUCAUGAUAAACUUAAGGAUAUAUUUUUGUUCAUUACCAGACAAUUAAAAGGUUUGGAGGAUACAAAGAGUCCGCAGUUUAACAGAUACUUUUAUUUAUUAGAGAACUUAGCUUGGGUUAAAUCAUACAACAUCUGCUUUGAUUUGGAAGAUUGCAAUGAAAUUUUUAUUCAGCUUUUUAGAACUCUGUUCUCAGUGAUCAAUAAUAGCCACAAUAAGAAAGUACAAAUGCAUAUGCUGGAUUUGAUGAGUUCUAUCAUCAUGGAAGGUGAUGGAGUUACUCAAGAAUUAUUGGACUCCAUUCUCAUUAACCUCAUUCCAGCCCAUAAGAACUUAAAUAAACAGUCCUUUGACCUUGCAAAAGUUCUCUUGAAAAGAACAGUUCAGACUAUUGAGGCAUGCAUUGCCAAUUUUUUCAAUCAAGUCUUGGUGCUCGGAAGAUCAUCAGUGAGUGAUUUGUCAGAACAUGUAUUUGAUCUGAUUCAGGAACUCUUUGCUAUAGAUCCUCAUCUGUUAUUAUCUGUCAUGCCGCAGCUUGAAUUCAAAUUGAAGAGCAAUGAUGGGGAGGAACGAUUAGCUGUUGUUCGACUUCUAGCUAAGUUAUUUGGUUCUAAAGAUUCUGAUUUGGCAACACAAAAUCGUCCUCUUUGGCAGUGUUUUCUUGGACGAUUUAAUGACAUUCAUGUUCCUGUGAGAUUAGAAAGUGUGAAAUUUGCCAGUCACUGUCUAAUGAAUCACCCAGAUUUAGCAAAGGAUCUCACAGAAUAUUUGAAGGUUAGAUCACAUGACCCCGAAGAAGCUAUUCGUCACGAUGUCAUUGUUACCAUAAUAACAGCUGCCAGAAGAGACCUCACGUUAGUAAAUGAUCAGUUGCUUGGCUUUGUACGAGAAAGAACACUGGAUAAACGGUGGCGAGUGAGAAAAGAAGCUAUGAUGGGUCUGGCUCAGCUGUAUAAGAAAUACUGCCUACAUGCUGAAGCAGGAAAGGAAGCAGCAGAAAAAGUCAGCUGGAUCAAGGAUAAACUUCUGCAUAUUUAUUAUCAGAACAGCAUUGAUGACAAACUGUUGGUAGAGAAAAUCUUUGCUCAAUACCUUGUCCCUCAUAACCUGGAAACAGAAGAGAGAAUGAAAUGCUUGUAUUAUCUGUAUGCUAGUUUGGACCCAAAUGCUGUGAAAGCUCUUAAUGAAAUGUGGAAGUGUCAGAACAUGCUGCGGAGUCAUGUGCGCGAACUGCUAGAUUUGCACAAGCAGCCUACAUCAGAAGCUAACAGUUCUGCCAUGUUUGGAAAACUGAUGACCAUAGCUAAGAAUUUGCCUGAUCCUGGCAAAGCACAAGAUUUUGUGAAGAAAUUUAACCAGGUUCUUGGCGAUGAUGAAAAGCUGAGGUCUCAGUUGGAGUUACUCAUCAGCCCUACCUGUUCCUGCAAGCAGGCGGAUGUUUGUGUGAGAGAAAUAGCUCGGAAACUUGCAAAUCCUAAGCAGCCAACAAAUCCAUUUCUAGAGAUGGUCAAAUUUCUGCUAGAAAGAAUUGCACCUGUGCACAUUGAUUCAGAAGCCAUAAGUGCACUUGUAAAAUUAAUGAACAAGUCAAUAGAGGGGACAGCAGAUGAUGAAGAAGAGGGUGUAAGUCCAGAUACUGCUAUUCGUUCAGGACUUGAGCUUCUAAAGGUUCUGUCUUUCACACAUCCUACCUCGUUCCACUCCGCAGAGACAUAUGAGUCCUUGUUGCAGUGCCUGAGGAUGGAGGAUGAUAAGGUAGCAGAAGCUGCUAUACAAAUUUUUAGAAAUACAGGCCACAAAAUAGAAACAGAUCUUCCCCAGAUACGAUCGACUUUAAUACCUAUUUUACAUCAGAAGGCAAAGAGGGGUACUCCGCACCAGGCAAAGCAGGCUGUGCACUGUAUACAUGCCAUAUUCUCAAAUAAAGAAGUCCAACUUGCACAGAUUUUUGAGCCACUCAGCAGGAGCUUGAAUGCCGACGUUCCUGAGCAACUUAUAACUCCCUUAGUCUCCUUGGGCCACAUCUCCAUGUUAGCUCCAGACCAGUUUGCUUCCCCGAUGAAAUCUGUAGUAGCAAAUUUUAUUGUGAAAGAUCUACUAAUGAAUGACAGGUCAUCAGGUGAGAAGAAUGGGAAAUUAUGGUCUCCAGAUGAAGAGGUUUCCCCUGAAGUACUAGCAAAGGUGCAGGCGAUUAAACUUCUGGUAAGGUGGCUAUUGGGUAUGAAAAACAACCAGUCUAAAUCUGCCAAUUCAACUCUUCGGUUAUUAUCAGCGAUGUUGGUUAGUGAGGGUGACCUGACAGAGCAAAAGAGGAUCAGUAAAUCUGAUAUGUCUCGCUUGCGAUUAGCUGCUGGUAGUGCCAUAAUGAAGCUUGCUCAGGAACCUUGUUACCAUGAAAUUAUUACCCCAGAACAGUUUCAACUCUGUGCACUUGUUAUUAAUGAUGAGUGUUACCAAGUAAGGCAAAUUUUUGCUCAGAAGCUACAUAAGGCACUUGUGAAGUUGCUGCUCCCGUUGGAGUACAUGGCGAUCUUUGCCUUGUGUGCCAAAGAUCCUGUGAAGGAAAGACGAGCACAUGCACGACAGUGUUUGCUCAAAAACAUUAGUAUACGCAGGGAGUACAUUAAACAGAAUCCCGUGGCUGCUGAGAAAUUAUUGUCACUGUUGCCGGAAUAUGUAGUUCCUUACAUGAUUCAUCUGCUAGCACAUGAUCCAGAUUUUACAAGAUCACAAGAUGUUGAUCAACUUCGUGAUAUCAAAGAGUGCCUAUGGUUCAUGCUUGAGGUUUUAAUGACAAAGAAUGAAAACAAUAGCCAUGCCUUUAUGAAGAAGAUGGCUGAAAAUAUCAAGUUAACCAGAGAUGCUCAGUCUCCAGAUGAAUCCAAGACAAAUGAGAAACUUUACACAGUAUGUGAUGUGGCUCUGUGUGUUAUAAAUAGUAAAAGUGCUUUGUGCAAUGCAGAUUCACCAAAGGAUCCAGUCCUCCCAAUGAAAUUUUUUACACAGCCUGAAAAGGAUUUUGCUAAUGACAAGAGCUAUAUAUCAGAAGAGACAAGAGUACUACUGCUAACCGGAAAGCCAAAGCCUACAGGAGUACUUGGUGCAGUAAACAAGCCUUUAUCAGCAACGGGAAGGAAGCCUUAUGUAAGAAGCACUGGCACUGAGGGUGGAAGUAAUAUUAAUGUAAAUUCAGAGCUGAAUGCUGCAACCGGAAAUCGAUCAAGGGAGCAGAGUUCAGAGUCUGGAGAAACUGGCAUUAGUGAAAAUGAGGAGAACCCUGUGAGAAUUAUUUCUGUUACUCCUGUAAAGAAUGUUGAACCGGUGAAGAAUAAGGAGAUUAAUUCUGAUCCGGCUCCCCAGGGCAAUAUCAGCAGUGACCGGGGGAAGAAAAGGACAGUAACGGCGGCUGGCGCCGAGAACAUCCAGCAAAAACACGAGGACCAGGAGGGUGAAUCCGGCCCACCUGCCCCGUCGAAACCCAGGAGAGGACGUCGACCCAAGUCUGAAUCUCAGGGCAAUGCAACAAAAAAUGAUGAUUUAAACAAACCUGUCAGCAAAGGAAGGAAGAGAGCUGCUGUCAGUCAGGAGAGCCCAGGCGGGUUGGAAGCAGGCAAUGCCAAAGCACCCAAAUUGCAAGAUGUUACCAAAAAGGCAACACCAACAGAGAGACAAAUUGACUUACAAAGGUAAAAAGAAAAGUCACUUGCAAAGAGAAAAUGAAGGCCAAACUGAAGCAGGCCCCACCCAGCUUCUGCAAAACCUUGGAGAAUGAAGUUCACUGAACACACACUUUCUGCCUUGAAAACUGAAAGAAACUAUGACUUCCUUUUCACAUAACCACAAAUCCUUUGAUGGAAAUGUACAGGAAAAACUCUUGAGAGAGAGGCUAAAAGCCACUCUGUUAUACCCUCCCCCCUCAGACUUUUCUUAGGAAAAGUCAAUAAUUAAGCAAAUUGCUUAACAUUUGGUUCCAGUUCCUGCAUAUCUGGAGUUUAAACGCAUAAUGCACCAUUAAUUUCCAUGCUGCAGUUUUUAUUUUAAAGAAAAUAACAAGAUAUCCUUAUACUGACACUGAAAAUUCAUCCAUUUUAGAGCCAGGAAUUCCCAUGUUACACAAGAAAAAAUAGAAGUCUACUGAAGUAAUUUUUUAGAAUAAGAGAAAUCAAAUGAAAUAUUUCUUUGUUUUUCCUUUUGGAAACUUUAUGUAUAAUUCUUUCUGCCUGCCUACUUUUCUGCAAAAAUGAGAUGUACAAAUUUCAGUUCCCUGCUAUGAAAAGUGACGUGGUGGCAAUUUUAUAAAUGUUUCUUUCUGAUUUUUAUCAGAGUGAGAAAAUAAUUAAAAUUAUUAUUGAUUUGCAAGUAGUAAACACUUCAUAUUUUGAUUUCACCGCCAUUUUAGGUUUAAUAUAAUUUGCAAUAAGUGUACAUAUUUGUUUGUUUCCUAAAGCGUUUCACUUUAAAACAGUUUUUACUCCUAGUUAUGUUGGAAUAUUUGGAAUUUUUAAGGAGUAAAGAUUGCCCCGCAUUUGGUUUUAUAAUAUUUCUCACCAGAUUUUUAUUACUGAUAUUAAAGAAAAAGUCAAUUUUUUAAAAUGGUUGGACUUUGGCAGCUUUGUAAAGGGAAGUUAGAGGUGAUCAGGCUCCCUACCAAGUUUCAGCAUCGUGCUAUUGAGGAAUAAGUGUUCUGGUUUUUGUAUGCCAGUCUGGGCUGUUUUAAUGUUUAUUUUAAAAGACAACUGUUGGCAUCAAAAUUUUGUUUCUUGACAUUGUUCAGCAUAGGUAAUGUGUGCAAUUUGAUGUACACAUUCAUAUUUAAAGGUUUUUGCAUAAAAUAAAUGCUUCUAGAUGUCAUGGCAGUCUUUUUUAUCAUAUUUUCUUGUGAAUUUUUUCAUGUAAAAGGGCUAAAGUCAUAAACAUUACAGUCAACUCUCAGUUAUCUAUAUAACAUCAUGGGUCUGCAUUAGUUAAAGGAAGUGAACAGCACUGGCGUUAUAGCUUGACCUUGAUUGGCUUUAGUCUUUAGAAGCUAUAAAACACUGAAAUGUAAUUGAAAGGGAUGAUAAUGUUGGAGUGAAAUUUGUUGAUAUUAGUUGUCCCUACGUUCUCAUAGAUAAUCAAGAGUUGGCUGUAAUCUGAAAGAUGGACAAUUCCUUUAAAUAUGCAUAUAAGUACAUACACAUCUUUAGGCAUCAGGAGAUGGUUAGGCAAAAAAAAAAAAAAACGGCUGCCAGUGAUAGAACACAAUAUCUUUUAAAAAUACAAAAAAGCUCUAUCCUUCCUACUGCCUUUUCAUAACUUUAGAAAGAAAAUAUAGAAUAUUGCCUCCACUAUGCUGACAAGAGUUUCUAUGCACAAGUAUCAAAGAAGUCCCUUGAGCAUUUGGUGGACAAGUUGUACUUUGAGUUGAGAGUUCCCUUAGCAUCAGACAGCUUGAUUCUGAAGGCCCUGAAUUUAUCAGCAAGCAAACGUGCACGGAGAGAGACUUUGACUCACUCCUUAACAGAUUAGCCAGCAGUGGUAGAUUACCACAUGUUCGAUCAUGUUAAAGGAAAUGCAGCAGACUCAUUCACAUCACAGGAAAGGAGUUAACCUCUAAGUGGCCCAUUCCUGAUUUUAUUAAGUAACUCAAGUGUCUGGCACUAAAGGAGGGAACAAUAGAAUGGUGAAAAGAUUAAGGAUGUGUUCAUGGGAAAUUUUUCAGUUUUCCUUAAAAAUGGAAAACAAAAUCUCUUAGGAAUUUGAUAUUCACGCCUCAGAGAAAUACAACACAAAGUGCAGACUUAUAUUUGAGAAUUAAUGUUAAUCCUUUGUGUCUAGGUUGAAGCUUCUUGUAUUUGUCUAAAACUACAAGCCAGAAUUUUGUAUCUCCUUUGAUAAAAAGUGUGUAUAAUGUAAAGUAGUUUUGCAUAUUCUUGUGCUGCACAUGGGCUGAAUUUUUAGAAAUUUUUUUAAAGACUUGAAGCAGAACCUUGUAAUUUGUGUAAAUGACAAGUGUAAAAUCCUAUCAUAAAAUGCUAAAAAAAAAAAAAGAUACAGAGUUUUGAAUAAAAUCAAGAAAUGCAGCAUUAUUUAGUAGUGUGGAACCCUGAAUAUUCAUGUAUUCCUGGCCUGUCACAAGUUGAUUUGCUGUCUUUGCAUUUUAUCUGUUUAGAUUCUGGAGUCUGCUUAUUCAAUAAGAAAUCAAAUGCCACCUUUCAACUUUCUCACUAGGUACUCUGAGCUGACUUAUUGUAACUUACAAAGGAGCAGGAUGAAAGAUAAAUUUUGAUGGAUUUUUGGGGAUAACUUGAGUUUUUUCGCUGUUGUUCAGUUGUUCUUUAAACUCUGAGCUUAAGAGCAGCUUUUAAUUUGUACUCCCUGUGAUAAGUCUACCCAUUGUAAUUUUGGACGUACACAUUUAGUUUAUGGAGAAUAAGCAAAGUUACAUGAAUGAACCUGGAAUAAGAAG